AUGGCCAACCCAAAUGCCACCAAGUGGAUCCCGCCCUUACCCCCGGGAUGGGAGGGGCGUUGGGACGCCAAUCAACGGGCAUAUUUCUUCAUUGACCAUUCAACAAAAAAGACAACAUGGCAGGAUCCUCGCUUCAACCAGAAGGUGGUGGCUCAGCCACCAUUUCCUCCGAAAAAAAAUAUGUAUGACAAUCCACUCAUACCAGGACUCUCACCUGAGCCAACGUUUGUAGUAGAUGAUGCAAUGGUAAACAGAAUCCACAUGGAUUAUCCUCGAGUUCCUCUGGACACGAUCAAGGAUAUUGUCAGCGCGUGUAACUUCAAUGAAAAUGAAUCAAGGGUGACACUUACAAGGAUGGGUUACCAAAAAGGUGAAGAACCGUCUCACACAACCUUGAAUACCAGUGAUUCUCGACCUAAGUCAGGGAAGGCCAGGGCUAAGUCACCAUCAAAAUCCCCAGCAAGGUCCCCAGCAAGGUCACCACCAAGGUCACCAGCAAGGUCACCAUCCCCAGCCCCAGCACCAUCACCUCCAAUGUCUGAAGAAGAGAAAAAGAAAGUUUUGAAUAAAAUGAAGUCGGAGUUCCCUUCUCUUGACAAUAUGGUAAUAACAAUGGCACUGGAUGUGUGUGAGUACAAGGAAUCCCAGGCCAGGACAGUACUGAAGGGCUGGGGCGACACUAAAAUGGCAGCAAACAAGGCAUAUCCAAAGUCUGAUUCUAACACAACAGAACCUGCUGCUUCUACGUCUCUGGAACCUGUUGGUUUUGAUGACAGUGAACAAAAUUCCCCUUCAAGGCCAUUCUCUGCUCAGAAGUCAAGCCAGCCUAAGAAGACAACAAAGAAGACAACUGUUGUACCGAAGAAGACAAAAACUGUUGUACCAAAGAAGACAACACCUGCCGCGACAUCUCAUCCUGGUCAGAAGAGGACUAAACCAACACAGGUCACCCAAAUGAGUGAGAGGCUGUUGACGAGGGCCAGCAUUCUCACAAAUCUAGUGACCGUCUGCUGCCAGAACACAGCCAGUGCUAAUUCUCAAAGACAAACACAGCCCAGGCACCAGGUUGUCACCCACCAGCCCAGGACUAACUCUGAGUACAGGACGCAGACACUUGGUCCAAACCCAGACCUGAGGAUGGGUCCUGACAAGUCUCUUCUUCUUUCGGAAUAUACAUUGGUGCAUGGCCCAAACCCUUCAAAUCGACAAGGGACAGAUCCAUCAAGAGUAAACGGUGCCCAAGGGGCCUUUGGACCUGACCCUGCAAAUCGCUGUGGACCUAACUCUGCUCCUAUAAACAAUCACCAGCAAUAUCUGGUCACAAGCAUAUAAAAUAACAGCAAAGUUGCUGUCAGAAUACACUACCCUAUGUUUUAUAAAACAUAUGACUGUCAGAUUACACUAUCUCUGGCUUUAUAAAACAUAGUUUUCCAAUUAGAUCAUCUGUGUGAAUUUUAAAACAGUGAACUUAAAGAUAAUUACCAAUUUGGAAAAGGUAUCUGCUAACAAGAUCAGAUUGAUAUGCAGACAAAUAUCAAGAAUGAAAGAUACAGAUUUUCUGUAUAAUGGGUAAUCUUUUACUAAGUAUUGACUUCAAGAUGAAUUACUUGGUAAGUAUUCUAGCUAUUGUUGCCUUGUCUAUAUCUAUAAAAAGAUAUAUUAAUACGUGUAAUGAAAUCUAUGUUAGAGAUUUCUUAUAUACAUAUAUAUAAUUCAAGUCAAAUUUAUACAUGGAGGUUCAUUAGAAUAGUUUUGUUUUAUUGUAAUCGUUUAUUUCAGUCAGAUUGAAUAUUGUGUGUUACAAUUUAUUUGCAUUAAUGAAAAUAUGUUAACAAGCAACACAGGACAAACAUUUUCACUCAGAAUUAAGCAACUUCUUUGUCAUAUUUUUAAGGUACAUGUACAAAGAUGUUUGAUCUGCCCAUAUAUUCAGUGUAAUGUCAGUAAACUUACCUGGUAUAUUAUGAAGGUAAGCAUGUAAAAUCUUUGGAGUACAGAAAAGGUUAUUGUAGUGACUGAGCAGUCAUUUUGUUUCCUUAUUAUUUACUUUUCUGUGAUAUAAUUGUGUUUGAUAUGGUUUGCAGACAUAUUUUGUGCAGUUAAUUUCAUUUAUAAGUGAUGGAUGAUGACCUUUUUUUAAUGUUUUUUAAUUGUUUUCAACAAUACAUAUAAAAAUAUUCUACAUGUAUUAUUAAUUUCAAGCUUUUGUGAUAAUGUUACUGAAUUUACGCUUACAUUAUGAUCAGUUCACAGUUACGUAAAUGAAAUAGAUAAAUUUCAUUUUGAAACACUUUGAAUUAUCUCAAACUAAUCACAUUCAUUGACAAAAUUGAAGAUAGCAGGGGUCACAUCAAUUACACCAUAAUUUGCACACACAUACCUUAUGAAUUUGUCGUGUAUGUCAGUAAACUGCUUGUGAACAUUGUAUGUAAUAACUGUUAGUAUUUAGGCACAGCAAGAGGCAUAAUGACUUUGGAUAACUGGCACAUUUCUGUUUCUACAAUAUUAACCGAGGAACUGUUGAGAAAAUACUCCAAAUUGUUCUUUGAGUUCUAGCAAAUGUGUGUAUAUAUUGUAAUGUUGUUAAGGAAACAUACUAACUUACUUACAAUGUUUGUUAAUUUUAUAUGUUUAAUUUGUUUACAGCAUAGUGCCCUGUACUUGUAAUUUAAUUUACCUAAUCUAGAUUGCCUUAUAGCAAGUAACUUACAAAUUAUUACCUCGUGUUUAGUAGUAUUUCUUCUGUAUUCUCUUUUAAGGUGUCUUUCAUAAAAUUUUAUUAAAUAAAAAUUUCAUA